AUGUCAGCAGCCUGGGGUCAGGAGUCGGGACCCCACCCCGGCACUCAGAGACCUCCGUCCCCACCCCACCGACCCGCCAAGGUUAAUCGGCCCCAGGAGUCCCUCCCUCACGAGGGGCCGGAGGAUCUCCAGCUCUCCUCUGAAAGCCCUUCACUUCUGGAGCGCGUGCCCAGCCAGACCCUAGGCUGGGACUCAGAGGAGGCCCAGGAGGCUGAGGACCCAGUCCUCAAGGUGCUGAUGGGCAGGAGCACAGCCAGCCCUCGGGCCUCCAAGGCAGCCGUGGUGACGUGGGCCACCAAGCACCGGCCCUGGGGGCAAGCGUCGUACCAGCUCAGUUCAGCCUGUAACAGCAGCCUCCUGUCAGGUUCCCAGCAGGAGCCGGAGCUGGAGGGAGCCCAGGAGGGGGAGGGGCCUGUGCAAAGGCUCGGAGGUGGGAGUGAGCCGACGCUCUACCCCGCCAUCUGCCGGCGGAACAGGGAGGCGCGGGCGGGAGCAGCCUCGAGGCCCCUAAUCUCCUCCCACAUCUCGGAAUCCACGAAGAACCAGUCUUAUAUAAAAGUGCCUCAGGAUUCUGCCCGCAGGGACAGACGGAUGCACCCCACCACCAUCCUGCUCUGCAAGUCAUGGAGCAGCCAGGCUGCCCUGGUGCCCAAGGAGCACAAGACAUUCAUGGAGAAAGCCUACAGCGCAGCCAUCUGCUUCAAGAUGCUCCGGGACCUGAAUAGUUCAGACCCCCUCCACCUGAAGUACAUUAUCAAGAAAAUCAAGAAUGGGGCUUCCCUACUGGAGGAGGGCUUCUGGGACGUGGCCAGCAACGUGCUGGUGGCCAUCUGCAGGCACUGGUGGCGGCUGGUGGCCCAGCACCUGGAGACCAAGUUCCUGUCGGGCGUCUUCCCGCACCGCAGCCUCCUCUACGUGAUGGGCGUCCUGACCUCUAAUGAGGAGCUCUUCAAGGAGGGAGAGAAAGCUUGCUGGGAAGAGCAGCUGGCCCAGGUAGGGAGGGAGCUCUGCCACGGGGCCUUCUGCCGGGAUGAUGGGGAUGGGAGACACCCGGGGAGCAGGCAGCAAACCAAUCUCCUGUGUCAGACGUGGCGAUUCAUCCUCCAGCUUCAGGCCAAAGCUCUCGGUGUCGCCUUGGCUCUCUUCUCCACCCCACAGCCCAUCCUCUGGGAAGCCCUGUGGUCCACCUGCCUCCAUCUCCCCCAGCCGCCGACACCACCACCCUACCAUGCCUUCCAGCUGUGGAGGGCCCUGGGGGCCGAGUGGCUGAGCUGCCUGGUGCUGGCCAAGCUGCUAGCCUGGGUGCUGGAGCGGCCCCUACCCACCAGGACCAGUGACGGCAGCCCCCGGCCCACGGAGAAGGCCUACCUGCGCUCCAUGGCCGCCAUGAACACGCUGCACGAGCUGCAGUUCACCCAAGAGUUCAAGAGGGCCGUGCAGGAGGCCUACCCCAAACUCUUCCUGGCCCUCCUCACCCAGAUACACUACAUUUUGGAGCUGAACCUGCCCAAGGAGCCCCAGCCUGGCCAGGAGGCCCAGGAGGCAGCCGUGCCCAGCACCCAGAGCUGUCACACGUCGCUGGAUGCGCUGAAGAGCCUGCUGUCCGCCACCGGGCACUGGCAGGACUUCGCCCACCUGGAGCUGCAGGGAGCCUGGGACCUCUUCGCCAACCACACCGACCCGCAGGGCAUGGGCCUCCUCGCCAGGGCCAUGGUGCAGAACCGCUGCAAGCAAGUCAAGGCGCUGAUCGCCCAGCUGCUACCCAACCUAUGGAGCCAGGCGGAGCGGGGGAGGAAGGCAGCCAUCAUCAUCCUCACGGGGUUCCUCUACAGCCCUGCCCUGCUGGAGGUGCUCCCCAAACAGGCCGCCCUGACCAUGCUGGCCCGAAGCCUCAGAGACCCCAGCCCUGAGGUCCGCGUGCUGAGCCUGCAGGGCCUGGGAGACAUCCUCUUCCACCCAGAGAAGGGACGCCUGCCCCGUGGACUGCAGCCGCCCUUCCUCGACGGCUUCUUCCACAGCAGCGAGCCGGCGGUGGUGCGCGUCACGGGCACCGUGUCGGACGAGCUGCACCGCCUGGGCGCACACAGCACGGAGGCCCAGAGCCUUGGCAUCGCCACCAACGCCCGCUCCUCCUCCAGCGACAAGCGGGAUGGAAUCCAGGCAGCGGCCAUGGCACUGGUCGGGGAGCUGGUAGCGUUUGACAGGCAGAGAACCCGGGUGCACCAGAGCGUGGUGGCCCUGCUCCUGCCCCUGAAGCGCAGCUGCCGGGCCACCGUCACGCAGGCCAAGCUCGCCUUCCACCGCGGCUCAGUGCUGCUCCGACGGCGGCUGCAGCACACCCUCUCCUGCAGGCCGGCCUGGGAGGCGAGCCUCGGUGCCCGCCACUUCCUCUGGAGCUGCCUGAUGAGCCACAGCCAGGAGGGGCUCAGCAGCCACUUGGCACAGGCCCUCAGAUACCUGCACAGCCGCCGUCGUCACAUCAAGACCUGGGCAGCGCUCUUCACAGGUUAUACCAUCGGCCACCACCCCCAGGCCGUGUCCCAGAUGGUCAAGGACAUGGACACGAAGCUGCUGUUCUGCACUUUUAAGGAUCUUAAGAAUGACCCAGAGCCCGGCAUCCAAGAACUUGCCACCAGGCAGUCCUCCUUCCUUCAGCAGAUGCAGCCAGACUGCGCUGACCUCCAGCCGUCCUCCCCCAGCCCCGUGCCCACCGUGCAGAGCUUCCACCCGGAGCGCCUUGCCCACAUCCCCAGCCUCGGCACCUCCACAAGCCCCAUCCCUCGAGGGCCUGCCAAACAAGGCCCCCUGCCCCUCGUCAGCCCCUCCUGA